AUGUCGCUGUGUCGGGGUCGUCGGCCUCUAAGCAGCGCUUUACGGCUGUGGGGCUUCCAGCGUGGAUUCGCAGCUGCACCUCCCGCGGGAGCAGACGAAGAGGUCCUCCGUGCUUUGCGCGCAGCAGCAGCGGAUGCAGGUGUGAACUCGCUUGACCUCUACCAGCCAUGGCUGCUCAUGGACGUGCUGCAGCAAAGCCUUCUGCUUCUGCACUCAGCCACCGGGGACGCUGGUGCUGCCGUGGUGGCUGCAGCGCUGCUGACGCGCCUGGUUACUGCACCCUGGAACCUUACAUCACUCAGGCGCCGCUGUGAUGCCUUGGUGCUAAUGCCUGUGUACAUGGAGCUCGCGAAGUCGUACAGCGAGGCACAGUCACGGAGGGGUGGCCGCGGCGAAGGCACAGUCGGAGGGGCGGCAGGCGCGGCGAAGGCUGAGAAAGCUGAAGCCGACUUGCAGAAAGCCACGGAACGCUUCCAGGCAUUCACGCAGGAGACGGGCUUCAAUCCAGUACAAGGCCUAGGUUACCAAGUCGGCGUGGUACUUCCCAUUGGUCUGACCUAUUUCGGGGCCCUUUACGGUAUCAUGAACCACCCCGACUCCUUCCGAAGCUUCGUGACAUCACCCAGCCUUUGGCUGGAUUCUUUGGUGCUUCCGGACCCCUAUGGCGUGCUGCCGUGUCUCUCUGCGCUGGCACUGCUGGCGAACGCUGAGCUCAAUGCUAACCCGCCCCAGCCGGGUCAGGAGGAGACUGCGGAGUACUUCAAGAUGGUCAUGAGAGGAGCACUGCUCACCUGGGUGCCCUGGACCGCAAGCAGCUUGCCUGCGGCUACAUUCCUGUUCAUCGCAACCAACGGCUUUUACACGGCAGGGAUCACAUGGUACUACCGCAAAUACUGCUGGGUGCCGCCAAAGCCUAGCAUGAGCUGGAAGAAGCGCUGA